AUGGCGACAAGCACACGUUCCAAGAAAAGCAAUGGCCGUUCCACUCGGGCUUCUAAGGCUUCUAAGGCUUCGGCUGUUCCCAUUCAACGUCAAACUAAAUCAAGCAAAAAAAAUAAGAAGAACAAUCAUGUUAUUUCAGAUGAUGACGGUGAUUCUCAAGCCAACCAGGAUGAAUCGAACAAAGUGGGUUCAGCUGACCACAGUGACCGCGAGUAUGAGUUACCACCUCCAAUUACCCGCCACGCCACCAACACCACCAAUCGUUCAAACCAAGGUCCUGCUGAGCACAUCACUAGCACUGACCCCAAGUCCGUGACCAAAGACAAGCAGAUUUUUCGGUCCCGCUUCCCUGGUUUGGAAUUAGAUACUUUUGAAGAUCAUAUUGAUGAAUGGACCACGGUAGGACUUCGAGAGGCCAUAGCUAAACAGGGGUCUACUACGAGUCGACCUCAUUCCAACAUCAGGGCAUUAGUGAAGAGUAUCAGGUUAGAAUAUGAAAAACGCAUGUUAAUGGCGGCAUUAAUGGGAGCAAUCCCCGAAGCGGUGGUUUGGAACAUCGUAGGCGAAGGUGGCAAAAAGGGUAACAUCAACCCUUGGAUACGGUAUCUAUGUUUCUGUCAUCUUGCUUUGGACGAAAAGUGUAUGUACAUGCCAGCUCGAGGUGAUAAAGACGGUUGGACCACUCGAAAUCAGAAGGUCGCUGAUCAAUGGAGGAAACUCAGUGAAGACGAGAAGACAAUCUUUUGA